AUGUCCUCCUUCUUCUCAAGGAGAAAGUCGUUCAUCGCCCCAAAGGCUACCCCACAGCCUCAGCAACAGCCAGUCUUGCAGCAACAACAACAACAACAACAACAACAACAACAACAACAGCAACAAUACCAUCAACAACAACAACAGCAGGGCUCCAGGCUGGACCUGGAUUCUGCCAGCACCCAACAGCACUUGCUGUCGUCGCCCAAACCUCGUCCACCACCCUUGCGCAAGAUCCCCGUUAGAGAGUUCGAUGCUUAUUCUCCACCACCCAUCAUGACAGCGCCUAUCAAUGGUUCCUCAAAGUUCGUCCCACCUUCUCCUCCUCCUUAUGCCUCACCUCCAACGACCAAUGGCCAUAGCCGCAACGGUUAUUACUCUGGUGACAACAACAACAACAACAUCAACCAGUACUAUCAAUCCUCGGGACCAACACCAGCGACGACAAUAACUGAGCAGCAGCAGCAACAACAACAACAGUAUUAUAACGGAGGUGCAACAGGAGCAAUGGGUUCGAUUCCUCGAGCACGAGGCGGAGGAGGAGGAGGAGGAGGAGGAGGAGGGGGAGGAGAGCGCGACCGGGAAGCAGUAUCACAGGGACAUAGGAGUCGUCCUGUAUCGCAGUAUCAACAGGAUCCUGUCUCCUCUUCUCCACCUUUGUUUGUCAACAACACACCGACUCACCUGCCGUCCUACCCUAUCAGUAACAGCAAUAAUAACAGUAACAGUGGCAACAAUGUUCUCUCGAGUUCAACCACACCCAGUUUGACAGUGACCCCCAAAAGCAGGAGGCCCAAGAGUUUAGCUGCACACGAGUUUGGCGUCGACGGUGCAGGUCAUGGCUCGUCACCUUCGUCGGCGUCUGGACCGGAUGGGUCGUUGUACUACUCCCAAUACAACACAGAGUCCAAGGACAACUACCGCAAAUCGCUGCCAGCAAAGUCUCGUCAGUCCAUCGGAGCCAUCAUCCCUCAAGUACCCAAUUCGUGGAUCCAGUCGCAGAAUUCGGACCACCAGCACCAAUUGCAGCAACAGCAACAGCAACAACAACAACAACAACAGCAACAGCAGCAGCAGCACGACCCUAGUCCCAAGAAGUCUUCUUCCUCUCGUCUCAGCUUCCACGAACAGGAGCUUCAAUACAACCAGAGCUUGCCUCACUACGACCAGCAACAACAGUACCAGCAGGAGGACGCGUUCAGACAGCAGUACUAUCAACAGCAGUUUCUCCAGCAACAGCCCGCCAUGGACGUAGCACAGCACAGGAUGCAACAUCACCAGCAGCAGGGAUCCUCCUCUCCUCACCAUCGUGGUCAGAGCGCAGGGUCCGAGUUACCCAUGUCACCCAUGACACCCUCGUCCAUUUCCAACUCGGACGGCUCACCCCUCACCAAUUUGACCAGCCCUGUGAGUUCAGGCAGGAGCAGCUCAGGACAACAUGUUCAGUAUCAAAAGUCAAUCCUGCAGGCUCCACCUUCGCCUGCGCCUCAUGCCCACUACAGGAGUAAAUCCUACUCGUCUGGGCCUAUACCCCUGACUCUUCCUAUGGAGUCGUCACCCAAGGUCGCUGAACGAUCAUCCCCGAGCACACCCGCACAGGAUUGGCCAUCGACAAAACAUCACUCUAGCUACGGAAAUUUGACAUCUAGGAAAACCGCCUCCGACAGUUUGACACCUUCUCGGGACCAGUACCGACGAUCUGAAUCUUACAGCACGUUACAGGCUCGCUCAUCACAAUCGAGCAGUCAAAACAUCUCCUCUGAACCCACUCUCCCUCCGUACCCAUCGUCGCCAACUGUCCCCACUAUGGAUAUGCUUACACGGUCAUCGGCCUAUGGUGAGAUUCAAUCACAGGGAACUGCCGCUGACGGAUCUUCUGGAAACGAGUCUGGCCUCAACCGCCGUGAUUCUUGGCGAGAACAGGAACAGUUUUUAUUGCAGCUCCAGCAGCGUGAUCAUCAGACUAGGGCGAAACACAAGCGGGAGAGUUUCUACGCGGCUUUCCAAAACGCCAGCAAUGGAAACAGCAAUGGAGGAUCAGUCGUCAAUAACAACAGCAGCGUUAAUGGGAACAGCGGAAGUGCUGGCAACGCUAACGGUAGCGCCCAUCACGAGGAGCCGAGGCAGCCAACAAAGUCCAUUUCGAGGGCUGCGUCUCCCCAUCUUCCCAGUGGUAUCCCUCAGCUGAGAACGAAAUCCAGGAGCGGUAUUCCAUCAACCCCAACAGCUGACCUUCGAGGCCGCCCCACACCUCCCCCUCGUUCCCGAUCGCGGACACCUGCAGGUAGUUCCGGCUCUGGUAUUCAAACCCCAGGCAUGACCCCCCAGCAACCCCAAAUGCCCCAACAGUACUCUGGAGAACUUCAAUCGAUUCUUCGAAAGUCUGUCAUUCUUGCAGACGAGACAGCUGCGCCGAUCGUUCAACGGGCCGACCCUCACCGUUCGCCGGUCUCAUCAACACCCAGUAGCAAGUCUGGCACCCCUCUCCCCCAGACCGCUGAUACGAUACCAGUUCCAGUGGCUGACAUUACCAAACAUUUGAGCGUCAUGGACAUGAAGGAGACCCCUGCACCAAAGGUCAUUCUUGCAACGGCAGAACCACCGCCACCACCUGCACCUGUUGCCGCUCCAAGGCAGCCACCUUCCAGCAACGCUUCGCACCGCCGUAGUAUUAUUUUCGACAUCCCCAACGCACCUGUGCGCACGAACGGAAGCAGCCACCACAGGGAAGAGAGCGGCGGCAUUGGAAGGAUGAAGGACGUUGGCGUGAUGGUGUCGCACGCCAAGGAGAGAACGUCCAUUUUCUCGAGCGCAAGUGCCCAGCAGACUCAGGCUGCAACUCGCAAACGCGGAAAGACAUUGUCGGCAAUGGAUCCUCCCAAGGCCAAACCAGCACCGACUCUCCUUCCACCAAUGUACAUGUCGACUACCUCGAGAUCGACAAACAGCUCUAACACGAUGGCUUCGCGCGCUGCAGGAUCCAUGAUCCCCAGUCCCUCCGGAGCUUCGCGCGGAGGCACUGUGACUCCUAGAGACGCGGCCAGCAAGGCGAGAGUACAGGCAGUGGAAGCCUCGAGUCAUGAAAUCAAGGCCCAGCGCGGUGACACUAGCUUCUCUGGAUUGUCGACCCCUCCCACUUCAAACUCGUCCAAGACUGCGGCGGCGGCUCAAGCUGAUGCAGCCAAGCCAAAGACGACCAGGAGUUUCUCGAGUGGAUUACUGAGUGGUCUCAGUCGUCGUCGUUCGACAGUCGUGGACUCUCUUAGCAUUGCUACUAACAGUGGUUCGUCGGCGAACGAUGGACCCAUGAAACCCAAGGUCACCAAAUCAGUAACAGCCCCCAACUCUGCUCGACUUUCAACCGUCUCCGGUCAACUGCCCAGCCCCUCUGACUUGAAGAAGACUCCUACAAGCGAGUUGAAGACCCCCACGGCGAGAUCAUCGCCUUCGAACUACCAGACGGUCAAGGCACCUGCCCCAACAAACAUCUCGAACCCCAUUCAGCUCUACCCAUCCGGAUCCUCAGGUGGUCAGCACGCCCAGCCCAGCGCUAGCAUCUAUGGUCAAGGCGCCGCUGGACCCGGUCUGGAUCCAAAAUCACCUCGCGCACCCACCUCAUCGGGCGUCAGCCCCUUCCCUCCACUUUCCCCCUAUGCCGCCUUGAAGCUCUAUGCACCCUACUUGAGUUUGUAUGAGCGAGCUGAGAUUGGCGAGUACCCUCAAGUAUACUAUGUUGGACAAAACUGUCGUCACAAGAAGCCUGCCAGUGUGGAAGCCAGCAACAGCAACUUUGGCUAUGAUGAUGAACGGGGAGAUUACUUGAUUGUGAACCACGACCAUUUGAUGUACCGUUACGAGAUCUUGGACAUGCUCGGCAAGGGUUCCUUUGGUCAGGUCGCCAAGUGCUACGACCACAAGACGGGCGAGUACGUUGCCAUCAAGAUUAUUAGGAACAAGAAGCGUUUCCAUUGCCAGGCUGUCGUCGAGGUCAAGAUCUUGGAUAACCUGAACAAAUGGGACCCCGAGGCGAAGCACAACUUGAUCCGUAUGACGGACCACUUUUACUUCCGCAACCAUCUUUGCAUUGCCUCUGAACUUCUCUCGAUCAACUUGUACGAAUUCAUCAAGAGCAACUCCUUCCAAGGAUUCAGUCUUGGUCUCAUCAAGCGAUUCUGCACCCAGCUCUUGCAGACGCUUGACCUCCUCAGCAAGCACAGCGUCGUUCAUUGUGAUCUCAAACCUGAGAAUAUUUUGCUUAAGCACCCGACAAAGUCCAGCAUCAAGGUUAUUGAUUUCGGAAGCAGUUGUCUUGAGAAUGAGAAGGUGUACACCUAUAUCCAAUCCCGCUUCUACCGUUCCCCCGAAGUCAUUCUGGGCAUGUCUUACAACAUGGCCAUCGACAUGUGGUCCCUGGGAUGUAUCCUUGCCGAGCUCUACACCGGAUAUCCUCUCUUCCCUGGAGAGAACGAGCAGGAGCAAUUGUCCUGCAUCAUGGAGACCCAGGGUGUCCCUGACCGCUACUUGAUCGAGAAGAGUUCUCGCAAGAAGGUUUUUUUCGAUCAUGGUGGAAGCCCCAAGUUGGUGGUCAACUCGAAGGGCAAGAAGCGUAGACCAGGAUCCAAGACCUUGGGGCAGGCCCUCAAGUGCAGCGACCCUCUUUUCCUGGACUUUCUCCAGAAGUGCCUCAUCUGGGAUCCUGAGAGGCGCAUGAAACCUCGCGAGGGACUCCAGCACGAGUGGAUCUCUGACAUUCGCACUCCUGUGCGCUCCCUCUUCAGCCCUCCUCCUUCUGCAGCUGACAGCACCUUGAACAGCAGCGUCAGCAGCAACAGCUCCUCGACUUCUAGACGUCGCAGCACCAUUUUCUCGGGUCAGCCAUCUUCAUCAGUCUCUUCGCGACCUUUGAAGGUCAAGACUGAGGCAGAGACGUCGUUUGGAUCUGUGCGAUCUACUCGAGCACAUGUCAGCGCCAGCAUCUCGUACUCGGGCGCAAACCAGAGUUUCCAGGGGAACCAGAGCCAAGGAUCUGCGUACAAUCAGAGCAAUGCCAGCUUUGAUGGAUCUGGUAGUAGUAGCAAGUAUGGAUCGCAUUAUACCAGUCUCUAUGCGAACCCAACCUCACACUCCUCGAGCUCAUUGUCUGCGGCUUCCUCUCGGCGGUUGACAGUCAGUGGUAGUGGAGGUGGAGGUGGAGGUGGCGGAGGUGGUGACAUGAAGAGCUCUGGACCUUAUUAUGGCCAGAGCAACGGAUCGAGCCCCUCUGUCAGGAAGAACACUACUAGCAUGUAUGUCACUGGAUCGAGUAACACGGUCGGGGCUACCACUGGAGCAGAGUACCUUCGGCAAAUCAAUGCCAACGGAGGUUACUCUGGGCACCGAGGAUAG